AGAGAGCAAACUUCUGCUCCUCCAGAGGAGGCUCAGGGCCCCUGGAGAGGUGCCUGCAAGGACCUCGCUCACCUGGCUGCCUCCUCUCCCCUCCAGCGGAGGCGCCCACCUGGACAGGUGGUCGAGAUGGCGCAUGACCUGCUGGCAGGCCCACGGAGUGGGGCGGACCGGAGCUGAGGGCUGCUGCCUACUUCCCCGCCCCUGCGCUGGGCGCCCCGUGCUACCUUUGGGCCCUGGCAGAGUGGCAGAAUGGCUCUAGCGGACGGCUGCCCGUCAUCGCUCUGGUUCUGCGGUGGGCAGUGACGGGGUGAAGGCGCCUGGGACAGAGGGACCUCGGGGCUGGUUCCUGGACUCGCUGUGUGUCGGGAAGAGAGCCCCGCCGGGGAAGCGCUGCUCUGCCCUGGGCAGUACCAGUCUGCUCCCUGGGCACCAUGGCCCAGGACAUAGACACGGACGCGCUGCUGGACCUGAGCUUCCUGACGGAGGAAGAGCAGGAGGCUAUUGUGGAGGUGCUGAGUAGGGACUCGCGGCUCAGGGUGCUGGAGGAGGGACGCAUCAGCAAACUGCGCGAGUCCGUUUCUGAUCCCAACCAGCUGAAGAUCCUGACCGGGGACUGGUUCUGUGAUGUCCGCUCCAAGCGGCACCGGCACAAUCACUUUGGUUCUGAUCUCGUCCGGGCCUCCAUCCGCAGGAAGAAGAAACCCAAAGGUGAGCGGGAUCCGAAGCGCAGUGCCAGCGUGGGGGACCUGGAGGUGAUCAGUGAGCCAGCGUCCGAGGAGGAGGGCCCGUUUGAGGUGCCGGAUGGUGAGGACAGGCUUCCCCAAGAGGCUGCUCAUCAGCUCCCCCAGCCCAUGGAGACUCAGCGUAACGGGGCCUUUCAGAACGGCCAGGAAGCCAGUGCCAGGUCAUCCCCAAAGAGCAACAGCGCGGACCCCGUGAAUAAACUGAUGAGCUCCUCUGUAUCCAGCCUCAGCUCGUCCACGCUGAGCGGCAGCAUGAUGAGCCUGUACAGCGACAGCGACGUGGGGAACGUGGAGGUGCGCGGCUGCAUCCAGUUCGCCCUGCAGUACGAGGCCAAGAAGAAGGAGCUGCAGAUCCGGGUCAUCCAGUGCCGGGACCUGGCCGAGGCCAAGAAGCAGAGAUCGGACCCGUAUGUCAAGAGCUACCUCCUGCCGGACAAAUCCAACCACGGCAAGCGCAAAACGGCUGUCAAGAAGCGGAGCCUGGACCCCAUCUUCAACGAGACCCUCAAGUACAAGAUCGAGCAGGCGGAGCUGCCGGGCCGGAUCCUGAACCUGUCCGUCUGGCACCACGACGCCUUGGGGCGAAACCUCUUCAUGGGGGAGGUCGAGGUCGAGCUCAGCUCCUGGGACUGGAGCAACACGGGCCCAGCGUGGUUCAACCUGCAGCCCAGGCUGCGGGUCUUGCCCGACGUUCUCGGCAGCAGGGGCAAGCUACUCUUCGCGCUAAAGUUUAUCCCCGCGGGCACUGAAGGGGCUGGGCUCCCUCCCACUGGGGAGCUGCACAUCUGGGUGAAGGCAGCGCAGAGCCUCAUGCCCAUCCGGAGCGGCACCAUGGACUCCUUCGUUCAGUGCUACGUCCUGCCCGACGACAGCAAGACAAGCUGCCAGAAGACGCGGGUGGUGAAGCGGAGCCUGAGCCCCAUGUUCAACCACACCAUGGUAUACGACGGCUUCCAGGCCAAGGACCUGAGCGAGGCCUGCGCCGAGUUCACUGUCUGGGAGCACGAGACCUUCUCCAAGCAGCAGCUGGGCGGCAUCCGGCUGAGCCUGGGCACAGGAAGUAGCUACGGGCUCCCGGUCGCGUGGAUGGACUCCACCGAGGAGGAGCGGCAGGUCUGGCAGAGCCUGCUGGCGGAGCCCCGCCAGUGGGUAGAAGCGCUGCUGCCCCUGCGGACGAACCUCACCCCCCGGACUUAGCCCCUCGCGCCGGUGCUGGCUCUGAACGCCUGCCCCGGCCCCUGCUUCAGGGGGACUGGGAGCCCAGCUGGGAAUGGCUGGGCCUGGACAUAUUGGCUACAGUGGAACCGAGCUGCCAGGGCUUUCCUUGUGUGACUGUACAGAAAAUAAACCCCGCUGCAGCCACGCGGGCCUGGGCGAGCCGCCGGGCUGCGGGAGAUCUGUGCUCA